AUGGUGCGGCAUAAGAAAGACAACGGCUCGUCCAAAGCGAAGAAAUAUUCCACCAAGUCUAGACACACGCCGCGCUCGACGGCGCGAGAUGGCGACGACAAUGACGUCGUCGCAGAACGCCCACCUUUCAAGGCCGCUUGCUGGGAUUUCGGGCACUGCGACUCCAAACGCUGCAGCGGGAAACGAUUGAUGCAUUUUGGCCUGAUGCGGGAAUUGCCCGUCGGUCAAAAAUUCCCUGGAGUCGUCAUUUCUCCCAACGCAAAGACGAUCCUCUCACCGGCUGACCGGGAACUUCUCGAACAAUACGGCGCCGCAGUAGUGGAAUGCUCGUGGAUCAGGCUUCAAGAGGUCCCCUUCUCACGGAUCGGCGGCAAAUGCGAACGGCUCCUGCCGUACCUUGUCGCCGCCAACUCAGUCAACUAUGGAAAGCCAUGGCGCCUCAACUGUGUCGAGGCCCUAGCGGCGUGUUUCGCCAUUUGCGGCCAUCACGACUGGGCCGAGAUUGUGCUCCAGCAUUUCUCGUACGGCGAGGCAUUUCUCGAGAUCAAUUCCCAGCUCUUCAAACGGUACGCGGCUUGUCAGAAUGAGGAAGAGAUCAAAAAGGCAGAGGAGAAGUGGCUCGCCAAGCUGGAGAAGGAGUAUGCAGAUAGUCGAGCCAACAAGGACGCUGUAGGCGAGGAGGCUGACGACUGGGCCGGUGGAAAUACGAACAGGCGAGAGGUAUUCGAAUCAGAUGAUGACGACGAAGACGAUGCAGAUAACGGCAACGAGUCAGCCGCAGAUGACGAGGGCAACAUGUUGCAACAAGGCGUGCCGUUGGAGCUGCCUCCAGACGAGGAUGAGGAUGACGACGAGGCGGAGAUGGCGGAAAUCCGCCGAAAGAUUCUCGCGUCCAGACCCUUUGCGGAGAAUUUCCCUGCAGAACCGCCCAAGACAGAGAAUCAGCGACAGUCCGACGACGACAACAACAACAACAACAUCAACAAAGCGGGCAACAGCGAUGCCAAUCCGACACAGCUCGUUGAUUCCGACGCAGAAUCGGGCUCCGCUGAUGAGGACUUUGACGAUUUCGAUCAAAUUGCCAAUGCCACCCCAGUGACGGAUCGGACGGGGAUCGUUGCACGCGAAAGACAGAAGAAGCUGGAACAAGCGAGCGCAUCAUUUUCACGCACAGUGGUCUCGGCGCCCAAGAGGUGGUGA